UUCUUAGUCUAAAUAAAACAACUUUCUCUCUACUUAUGUUCUACUCUUUCUUUCUCUCUCUCUCUCUCUCUCACUCAUAGACACACCAAAAAUACAGUUUUGACAUCUUGUCUGAAAACUGUGUCUUCAGAACUUCUUCCCUGUCUCUCCUUCUAUACUUUCUUUUGCUCCAAUCUGAUAUUCUUGAUAAACCCUUUUUUUUUCUAUUGUACAUAGCAAAAACAGAGCAUCAACAAUGGCUGCCAACAAGUUUGCAACCAUGUUGCACAGAAACACCAACAAAAUCACCCUUGUUCUAGUCUAUGCCAUCCUUGAAUGGAUUCUGAUCAUCCUUCUCCUUAUAAAUUCUCUGUUUUCUUAUCUGAUCAUAAAGUUUGCUGAUUACUUUGGCCUCAAGAGACCCUGCAUAUGGUGCACCAGAAUUGAUCACAUCAUAGAGCCUGGAAAAAUCGAAAACUCUUGCAAAGAUCUUGUGUGUGAAGCUCAUGCUUUUGAGAUUUCCAAGCUUGGUUUCUGCUCUGAUCAUCACAAACUUGCUGAAUCAAAGGACAUGUGUGAGGAUUGCUCAUCCUCAUCACAGCCAAAUUAUGUUAAAUUGCCUCGGAGUUUUGGUUUCUUUCCAUGGAUGAAGCAAAUUGGGAUGAUUCAUGAUGCUGAUGAUAAGAAAAUUGAGAAAGUGGAAGUGGAUUUGAAGUGUUCUUGCUGUGGUGUGAACAUAGAAAGGAGAUUUUGCUCUCCUUGCAUUCUUCUCAAGCCUUCUCUGGAGGAUUUGGAUGAUGAAAAAAAGCAGAAUUUGAUCACAGAAGGUGGGGUUGAUGCAGAGAUUGAAGAUUGUGAUCACUUAGAUCAGAGAGGAUCAGAUUUUGUGCUUGAUCAUCAUGAAGAAGAACAGAACACUGAAGAAAACAGGGGAAAAAACAGGGGAAGUCACAUGUUGUUUGAGGUUCAACAAGGUUCAGGUAGAAGAGAAGAAGAAGAGGCAGAUGAGAGUUGUGCUUGUUCUGUAUGUGAUGGUGGCAUGGAGCUUGUUACUGAUGAAAUUUACAAGUUUGAUUUGGCUGCUGAGAAAGGGAAAGAAACUUUGAAAGAUGAAACUUUGAAUGUCCUAAAGCUUGAGAAUGAUGAUCAUGAUGACCAACCUUGUGGGCAGAACCCUUCUCCAGUUGAAAGCACUAAUGGGAUAAAUGUGGAAAUUCCACCCAAGCAUCUGGAUUUUUUCAUUCAUGGUGAUGAUUGCCAACUGAUUCCUGUUGAAUUGGUUGAUUCCCCAAUCACAGAAAAUGGAAAUCAAAGUAGAUAUAAUAUGGGGGGUGAAGAAGAUUUUAUUCUGGAUUUUGAUAAGAGUGCUGAGGCAGAAGCUGAACCAGUUAUUGAGAAUUGGCAUGUUUCUGGGGAUACUUUGAUAGACUUCUCAUCUCAUGAGAAUAAAGAUGUCUUCAAGGCCAAUACUGUUGAAUCAACUCAAUUAUGGACAAGAGGGUUACAAGAAGAAGAAAAUUUAAUGCAGAAUUAUCAAAAUGUGCGAUUUUCUCAAACAGCUGAAGACCUGUCUAAGGAUGAUGAUUUUGAAGUAAAUGUGGAAAGAAGAGAUGCAGAACUGUGUUCCAAUGUUUCUCAAGCCUCUGAAGAUACAUCACAAAUGCUGGGUGAGGAAUUGGAGGCAGAAGUCUCAAUAGGGACUGAAAUUCCUGAUCAAGUGGAUGAUGACUACCAAAGCUACGAUUUCCUUUCAGAUGCGAAUCAACGAACUCAAGAAGAUUCAUCUAGUACAGACAGAUUUCAUGUCCAAGAUGAUAGUGGUCAUGACAAAGGACAAGAAUUUUUAGAGUUCAAUACCAUGUCAUUUGAAUUGAGAAUGCCAACAGUAAACAACCACUUGUCAUCAUCAUCUUUGGAUGUUAAUGAGAAUGAGGAGGAAAAAGUUCCUGACACACCCACUUCUUUGGAGAGUCUUCACAGUCUACACAAGAAACUGCUUUUUCUGGAUAGAAAAGAAUCAGGAACAGAAGAUUCAUUGGAUGGAAGUGUCUUGAGUGAUAUAGAAUGCGGUGAGCUUACAGUUGAGAAUUUAAAGUCAGCAUUGAAAUCUGAAAGGAAGGCUUUAAAGACUCUAUAUGCAGAACUAGAAGAAGAGAGAAAUGCAUCUGCUGUAGCAGCAAAUCAAACAAUGGCAAUGAUUAACAGGCUUCAGGAAGAGAAAGCAGCAAUGCAGAUGGAGGCAUUGCAGUACCAGAGAAUGAUGGAUGAACAAUCUGAGUAUGAUCAAGAGGCUGUGCAGCUUCUGAAUGAGCUUAUGAUGAAGAGGGAGAAAGAGAAGCAAGAGGUGGAAAAGGAGCUUGAAGUGUAUAGAAAAAGGGUUCAUGAGUAUGAGGUAAGAGAAAAGAUGAUGAUGUCAAGAAGAGAUGGUAGCAACAAUAGCAUGAGAAGCAGAACUUCAUCUCCUUCUUGUAGCAAUGCUGAAGAUAGUGACGAGUUGUCGCUUGAUUUGAAUCACGAAUCGAAGGAAGAAAAUGGAUCUUAUAGCCAUCAAGAAAGUAGCAACCAGAACACACCGGUGGAUGCGGCCUUAUAUUUGGAGGAAUCAUUGGCAAACUUUGAGGAAGAGAGGCUAUCAAUUCUAGAACAGCUCAAAUUACUUGAAGAAAAGCUAGUUAUAUUGAGUUAUGAAGAAGAACAUAGCUUUGAAUUUGAUGAUACUAAUUCAAAUGAACAUCUUUGUGAAGAGAAUGGGAAUGGAUAUCAUCAUGACCAUGAUGAUGAUCACAAAGGUCAUGUAAAUGGGUUUGCAAAUGGUAAUGGAAAGCAUCAUCAAGGGAGGAAAAUCAUGGCUGCAAAAGCCAAGAGGCUUCUCCCACUUUUUGAUGCAAUCAGCACAGAAGAAGAAUCAGAAGAUGUAGAGUUGAGUGGAGAUGAAAAGGAGUUAGAUUUUCCCCAUUUGCAAAAUGGUUCAGCAGAAAAGGUUCAUUUGGAUAAGGAAAGGCUUGGUUUAGAAGAGGAGGUGAAUCAUGUUUAUGAGAGACUACAGCUUCUGGAGGCAGAUAGAGAGUUUCUAAAGCACUGUGUCAGCUCCUUGAGAAAAGGGGACAAAGGGUUGGAUCUUCUCCAAGAAAUUUUGCAACAUCUUCGUGAUCUGAGGAAUGUGGAACUCAGAGUUAAGAACAUGGAAGAUCUUGCAGUAUAAGAAGUCUAUGCUCUACCUGUACCUGAGAGAUGAUAGAUUUGUUAUAUUGGAAUUGAUCUACAAGCUACAAAUCAAGCAUCCAUGAGCACCACUACAGGGCUCUACACAUGCACAUGACAGCAAUGCAUCACUUCAAUUUUAACAAAGAGUAAGUGGAAAAUCCCUAAUGGAGAGGGGAGAGUCCUUGUUUGAUACAAUGGUGGACAGCAAAACUGAAGUCUACCUUUUAUCUUGUUUCUUUUUUUCAUUUUCUUGCUUGUUUUGUCCAAGCAAGCCCAAAUUUUUGUGGGUUGUGUCCAUCAUCACCUUUGUGGAAAAAGGAGGAUGAUGAGUGUAUGUGUGUGUAGGCUAGUGAGAUGAAGCCAACCUGGCUUGCAAAGCUGGACAGAGAAAGAGAUCCAAAAAAGAUUCCAGUGCCAGGUACAUAACAUUAGUUUAUUAGACAGACAGAAUUAGGGCCACUAGUUUUGUCAUCUCUUUCAUUCUUUUUUUUUUCCUAAGGGUAAAGAUUGAGGUAAGUAGCCUCUUUCUUCAUCUUCUUUUGCAUUAUUGCAUCCUAUGAGGUUUGUUUCUUUCUGAGGGGAAAAAGGUGAGUCACUUGUAUACUACAUGUAUUCAUUUGUAAUUAAUAUAAAAAAGUGAGUGUUUGUUUA